AUGCCUCUCGGACCCGCGGCACGAUGUCGUCGCACGACCCGACGGCAGCCAUCUGCCCCCCAGGUCGCCGCAAAGCUCCUCAACCUCGCGACGUGCCGAACUAUUGAGGCCCAGCAACGCAGGCCCGUCGGCUUCUGUCGCUUCUCAAGCUCCCAGAAGGGGCCCAUCGAGAGACGCCGGCUGCUGGGGAAGCGCCACAUGACGGGCAUGAUGGCAGAACCCCCCACAUACAAUCCUUCCUGGCAUUUUGAGGUUAUGAACGACCCGAAGGAGUGGCAAUGGGAACCUCCUACGACGCCCGAAACUCGACGCAAGCACAACGCCGAAAUUAGUGUGAAAAAUCUCAGUGGGAAGCUACUUCGGUGGCUCGAAAACUCGAAUAUGGAUAAGCCAUUCCUCGACCCGCCUUCAGAAGUCCUCAACUCAUCGGCAGUAAUCGACUCACCAGCAGUUGCGGACUUAGAACUUCCCAACUCAUCGGCGGUAGUCGACUCACCAGCAGUAGCCGACUCACCAAUAGUUGAGCAAUCGAUCACUGUACCUUUAGACGAUCCGGCCACCACUUAUACAGAAUUACAGCAAUUACGAUCUGCCAUACUGGGGCUGGAAAAUAUUACAAAAGAGUCCCUGCGGUCAGUGAGAGGCAAAUUUUGCAAGAAACUAGUAAAGAGGAUCGGGUCCCACCAUAUUACAACAGAAGAACUUCUUGCAACUAUGAGACCUCUGGAUGCGGCCACCAUGGCACACAUCCCCGAGAAACCCCUUGCUCACAACAUCGUCUUGCAAGUCCGAACUGCCGUCCUUACCACGCUCUCCAAGUGGCGAGCCAAGGGACAUCGCAGAGAUGACUAUAGAGAAGCCUGGGAGGCGAUCCUGAACGAUGCGCUUGCGGCGACAGCAAAAGGUGCUGGCUUCCGGACUCUGGCGCUGAUAAUCGAAAAGGCAGAGCCCAUGGACAGAAAUCUGCUGCCUGUUGACCGGCUUGCUACGGUGCUCUACGACUUGAUCCGGUCAAUAGUGCUGGCACCCACGAACCAAGCCAAGCUGCAGAACCUCGCGGAACUUGCCCAGGUGAUGCAGUUUUUCGAGCCUCACAUGCGAGAAGCCAUCGGCCAGAAGGUCGAGUCUAUCGUUGCCGAGACAUACCAUGCCGGCCUCAAUUAUGAAUACCGAUUCUGGUGGAUGUUUUUCAAGGCACACUACAUCGAGAUGUCAUUUUCCGGCUUCGAACAGGCUGUCAAUUCCUACUUGGGAUCUGACCAACGGCCAAACGACCAACAAACCUUGCUACUCACAUCGGCAAGAAUGUUUGCCGAUGAAUACCUGGAUGCAAGAUUAUACACGCACUUUACCCGUCAGGUGGUGCGUCGUGGCUACCGGGAAAACGACUGGCUGACCCUAGCUGGAAUGGUCAUGGACUCGAGAGGCCGCGUUGGCCUGACGAGCCUUUGGUGCCACCUGGGCGCCCUCAAAUGGGAUAUCCGUGUCUUCGAGAAGCUCAUCAUCCUCUCGCGGAAGCCCAGCCCCUUCGUCGUACAGGACACGUUGAAGGUGAUCAAGAACAUCGUCUCCAACCCGCUUCUCCCCUCGCUCAGAUUCUGGGAGGCCCUGAAGGACGAGAAGAGUAGAAUCAUGCCCCCGAAGCCCACAUCUGCCGAGGCCAGUACCGCGCCCCGCGUUAGUGACAAGCGCUUCAGGCGCACCAGGCGGGAGCUGAUGGACCUGGUAGACAAGAUAGCUCUCUGGUACGAGAAAGCCCCAGAGCUGACCGACCGCAUGGCCUUUCGCGGAGUGUCCCGCUGCAUCCGAUAUCAAAGCCAACUGUCCGGUCGGCCGACGGACAAGGUCCUCCGGUCCAUGACAAACGUUGUUAUGAAAAGCCUGAGCAAAGGGCAGCCUGCACCAGUAGGACGUUUGCAGCAUUACAUCGCGAACAUUGUUGCUCCUAGCCUUGGGGUACAAGUUGCCCGUGAUUGUAGUAUCAUCAUAGCCUCAUGGCAGAAACAAGCCACUGUCGAUCUAGAGGAAGUAAUAAAGGCAAAGAGAAGAUAA